AUGUUCAUGCUUUAUGAGGCUACCCUCACAAAAAAUCCUAUCAUUACUUUCGCUCUGGUGUCCAACAGGACCAGCAUGAGCGGCUACCUGCAGACCUUCCUUCUGCCUGUGGUCUCGUAUAACAUUCUUUAUUUUGGCCCAGUGUACUUCCAAGCGUGCUUUGGCUCCUCCGCCAUCUGCUCUGGCGUGCUGUCUCUACCGCUUGUCACCACUUUGGAACCAUGCCUGAUGCUCACCGGGAUCUCAAUCACCGCGACAAAACAGUACCGGCCACAGCUGUGGCUCGGCUGGGCACUGUACCUUGCGGGCAUGGGCGGGAUGUUGACGCUGGCAGUGGACACACCGUUUGCACACAUAGCAGGUUUCCUCGUCCUGCAAGGCGUGGGCAGCAGCAUGAUCUACGCGACAACAUACUUUCCCAUCCUCGCGCUGCUGCCAAUCAUGGAGAACGCACAUGCGCUUGUGUUCUUCGCGUUCUGUAGGUCCUUUGCGCCAUGGCUCCCGAUAUGCUUCGUUGGUGAGUUCCCUGGAGGUGUGUCGAUCGCAUACUCGGUCAUCCCCGUCAUUGGCACUCUCCCCGAGCUGCUCCGUAUCGAGGUGCGCAUCACGUUUGCAGACAGUCUCGACGUGCUGUGGCAUGUGUGCAUAGGAAUUACUGGCGCAGGCCUGCUCGUGUCGCUGUUGAUGGGAUUCAAUACUUUGUAG